AUGUCUUCCACGCCAGUCCCUGAUGUCCUUCGCCUGGGCGACCUCCCAGAGAACCCGGCGCUCGCUCCGUCAGAAGAGUACGAGGCACGGCUCGUCGAAGACGCCAGUUCCUCGCCAGAGAAUGCCGCAACCCACCUGUACUGGCGCUUCAUCAUGCGCGAGCACCGCCGCCAGGUCUUCGUCAGCACCCUUCUCCGCCUCGUCUGCGACGCCUCCUUCUUCGCGAUCCCCUGGCAGCUCCAGCGGCUGCUGACCCGCCCCACGGCAGCUAAUGUCAUGGUCAUGUUCUGCUCCCGUGUCUCCGGGGCCCUCGCGGGACACUUCAGCGGCUACCACCUGCUGAAGCUCGCCGUGCAGUACCGGAGCGCCCUCUCAUUGGCGCUUCACCGGAAGAUGCUCCGCCUCGGCGACUUCCAACCCGACGGUGACGCCCUCGUUGCCGACCUCUCGACCAUCGCCGAGGUCGACACCCUGGUGCUCUUCCGCUGCGCCCAAAGCUUUCCCGACGCAUGGAGCAUGCCGGUCCAGGUCGUUCUCUGUCUGGGCGGCUUAGCUGUGCUGCUGCCUUACCCGACGUUCGUCGCCAUCCUUGUUCUAAUCGCAAUCAUGUUACCUGUCCUGAGCCUCCUCCUACGGUCCAUGGCCGUCUGGAUCUCGAGCAAUAUGGCCGCUAAGGACGCCCGCGCGAAGCUGCUGGCCGAGGUGCUCGAGUCGAUCCAGAGCGUCAAGAUGCACGCGUGGGAGCCCGUCUUCGUCCGGUCCAUCGCGGAACGGCGCGCUAGGGAGCUCGAGACCCUGCGGAACGCCGCCAUCUCGGCCUCCGGCCUGGUCGCCUACAUGCAGACGGUGCCGGCCGCCCUGACGCUGGCCACCUUCGGCAUCGUCCUCCUGAUGCGCCGGCCGCUGACAAACGAGCUCGUCUUCGCCGCCAUCAUGUUCUUCACAAUGCUCAACGCGACACUGGGCCAGCUUUCCGUCCUGGCGUCGACGCAAACGCAUACAGGCGUACCUCAACUUGCCGGAGACCAAGAUCGCCGCUGCCCGGGGGCUCACGCGACGUCGACUACCCGGAGCUGGUCCCCGGACAUGCUCAUCCUUGCGCACGACUUGGAGGUGGGUUGGCACGACGCGGCGGCGCCGCUCAUAAGAAAGGGCUCCCUGGCCAUCGGUACCGACGAACUCACCGCCAUCACGGGAGGCAUGGGCUGCGGUAAAUCGACCAUCCUGCUCUCCCUCUUCCGGCACGUCGAGCGGGCGAGGCGGCACUCGAGCCACCUGCAGAUCGCCUACGUCGGCCAGAAGCCCGUCCUAGUCCACGGCAGCAUCCGCGACAACAUCCUGUUCGGGAAGCCCUAUGACGCGCAGCGAUACGCCCAGAGCGUCUGGGCCUGCUGUCUCGACGUCGAUUUCGCGCGUCUCCGCGACGGCGAUGGCACCGUCAUCGCCGGCUCGUCGGCCUUGUCCGGCGGCCAGUGUGCGCUCAUUUGCCUCGCUAGGGCGGCGUACUCGCGGGCCGAGGUCUACCUGCUUGACGACCCCCUAGCGGUGCUGGACGUCAAGGUGGCAAGCCAUAUCACGCGCCAUCUACUGGCUCCUGGUGGGCUACUCGACGGAUUGACGAGGGUCGUCUGCACGUCCCACGCCUUGUUGGUACGCAGAGCCGACUCCGUGUACAAGAGUGGAGACAGUACGAUACGGAAAGCUUUGGGUAAUGGUGAUGUCCAGCUCGUCGAUGGCCUCGAGGAGCCGAUUAAGGCUGCGUUGAAGGCCGAUAUGAAGGCGAACAUCUCGGAUACCCUCCCAUCUCCCAACAAGGUAGUGUUGUUCUCUACCCCAGAAGAGCCCGCUGCUCGCCUACUUAUUAUCAGCCAGAAGAUCCGGGUGGCCCAUGACAAUAUCCGUAUCCCUCCUGGCCCAGGCCUCGUCCGUCAUGGGCGCCUACGUCCUCAGGACGAUGGCUGCCCAGGUCAACCAGGCUACCCUCCCCUGGGCCUCCUCCUCUUCGCAGUCUUCUCCGCCAGCCAGGCGGCCGCUCUCUUCUUCCUCUUCGUCCACCUCCUCUACCGGCUCUGCAUUGUCCCGGCCGCCUCCGCGCUGCACGGCAGGCUCAUAUCCGGCGUUCUCCACCGCGACCUGUCCUUCUUCCAGGCUACGCCCCCGGGACGCAUUCUGAACCUCUUCACCAACGACGUCGCCCGCGUCGACGGCUCCCUGAACGGCUCCGUUGCCUCCCUCGCCUGCCAGUUCGUCAACAUGGCGCUUUCGUGCGGCGUCCUCGUCGCCGCUAUGCCCGCUAGCGUCCUCUUCAUCGCGCCGCUGUUGGCCGCGUGCUACGCGCUCCAGCAGACGUACCUCGUCAAGCUACGGGAGCUCCGCCACCUCGACGCCGAGAGCCGGGCGCCGCUCCUCAACCACCUCGAAGAGGCCGAGCGCGGCCGCGUCCUCUUUUCCGCGCACGGCGUCCUCGAGGCCCGCGUCGAGGCGUUCGGCGACCUCGUCGCGCGCAACCUCGAGGUCCUGUCCGUCGUCCUGCAGGUCGCCCCGCUAGGCCUUCUGCUGGCCGGGUCUGCCGAUCAGGGCGUGCUGGGGUUCGUCAUGACCUACAUCUUCCAGGUCACUGGCACCCUGAGCAACAUCGCCAAAAUCAGCGCCCAGUUCGAGGCGGACGCCGUCUCCGUCGCCCGCAUUGCUGAGUACUCCCCCGCCGUCGACGGGGAAGAAGACGGUUUCCCUGCCGGGCGUGACGGGUCGACGCCGUACUCGGACAGCGAUCCGGCUCCGGCUUGGCCACAGUUUGGCAAAGUCGAGUUCCAGGACUCAAUCAGCUUCACCGUAAACCCAGGAGAGAAGGUUGCCGUUGUUGGACGGACCGGCGUCGGCAAGUCCUCGACGGUGAUGUGUCUGCUGCGUUUGAUGCAUCAGACGGCCGGGAAGAUUCUUAUCGACGGCGUCGACAUUGCGCAUGUGACGACAGUGCGACUCCGCCGGAGCUUGGCUCUCAUGCCCCAGGCCCAGAUUGUCUUCUCCGGGUCUAUUCGCCACAAUCUCGAUCCUCUGGGCCUGCAUCGCGACGGAGAGAUCAUGGAUGCGUUGGGAGUUUGCGGCGGGCCGGCCAUCAUCGACAAGGUCUCAGGGAUCAAAGACUAG